AUGUCAAAAAUAUUCUACUCAGAAAUCCACACCUUCAGUGUUCCGUCAAAAGAGUUGAUAUUUGAAUAUGUCGUGCAUCGAUCAUCCACCGAAAACGAAGAUCCACACAAUCUAAUUGUUGUUCAAUGUCCUGGCUGGGGAUUAGGGUCUGAAUAUCUUGAAAAUGGACUGCAAGAGCUAUGGAGACCAGAAGACCACACCAGUACCGCAAAUACCAGGGACUAUACUGUCAUCUUCUUCCAUUCUCGUGGAACGGACGGAUCAUCCCGACCACCGGCAUCCCAGAUGAGUAGUAUGCCCGAUCUUGCCUCCGACUUGGAGGAUCUCCGACAGCACCUGCAUCUGGAGCGAUACCCGGUCUUACUGGGCCACUCUAACGGCGGAGCGAUUGCGCUAGGGUAUGCAGAGAUGUAUCCCUGUCGUGUUGGCAAGCUCGUUCUCCUUGAUCACCAGCUAGUAGGUUUUCAGGAUAAGAGGUUGUUGCUGCUUGAAGCGACGCGCAUAGAUCCUCGAUACCAGGAUGCUUGGGACAGUGUGCUAGAUCGGCAGACUGGAUCCGACGAGGAAUUAACAGAGUCGGUGCGAGCCAUGUGGCCUUUGUACUUCUUUGAUCCGCAGCAGUACGUGCCAGAGCUAGUGCGUGAUAUUGGCGAUCGCAAGUUGUCGGUUUGGUGCUACCAAGCCCAGGGUCGAUGUGACAAGGAAUUGAUGAAUCCAAUGCAAAUGGUGGAGAGGCUUGGUGAUGUACAGGCAGAAACACUUAUCAUAUGCGGCCGCGAGGAUAUGAUCUGUGGAGUAGGGAUUGCGGAACGGACAGCAAAUGAUAUCCAAAAUGCCCGACUGAUUACCUACGGCGAAUGCGGGCAUUUCCCCUGGAUUGAGAAAAGGGAACAGACCAUAUUGGAUAUCCGUGAAUUCAUUGAAAAGGAAGACUAG